AUGGCCCCCUCCAGCCAGGUUGCCGUCGCUGCCUUGGCAGCCGCAGGCUGCACGGCCUUCGUCGUCGCUCCCAGUGCCACGCGCGGCCCUGCUCUGCGCAGCACCGUGCAGGGCCAGGCAAAGGCGUCCUCGACCUCCACGACCGGCCUGGCCAUUUGCGGCCUAGGUGCGGCAGUGGGCGCUGCCAUCGCCGCGCCCAAGAAGGAGCGGGUGGCUCUCCGUGCCUUUGAGACGGAACUCGGAGUGCAGCCCCCGGCCGGAUUUUGGGACCCGCUAGGCUUCACCAAGGGCGGUGAUGCAGCCUCUUUCCGUCGACGACGGUAUGUGGAGCUAAAGCACGGGCGCGUGGCAAUGUUGGCAUGCAUGGGAUACAUCGUUCCUGAGUACUACCGAUGGCCAGGUGAGCUCUCUCCUUCCCUCGGCAUCAAGUUUACGGAUGUCCCAACUGGCUUCGCCGCCUUCUCAAAAGUGCCUCUUAGCGGCUGGGCGCAGAUGGUGGCCUUCGCUGGUAGCGUGGAACUCUUCCAGUACGUGGAUGAUCCCAAGCGUGCCCCGGGCGACUUUGAGAACGCGGGCCUCCUGGGCAUCCCCAACGGCUUCAUGAAGGCUCCGGAGGGCCAGAAGGAAAAGAAGCUAGCUGCGGAGAUCGCAAACGGCCGCUUGGCAAUGAUGGCUAUCAUUGGCAUGUUCUUCCAGAACGGAUUGACAGGACAGGCAUGGGGCGACUGGUCCCUGUACACUGACUCCCCGCUGCGCGCCUUGACGCCGGCACAGGAGAUCAUUGCCGGGACUGGUGGCCCUCUCCCUGACAACUUCUGGGAUCCGGCGGGCAUCACGAAUGGCAAGACCGAGAAGGAGAUCGCAAUGCUCCGUGCCAUGGAGCUGAAGCACGGGCGCUACCACCUCUUGGGUGAUUAUGCCAUCGGCGAGAGGAUGAGCAACGACCCCCUCGUCAGCUUGACCCAGCUCCCCAUGGGAGGCAUGUGGCAGGUGAUCUUCACCAUCAUGUGCCUCGAGUGGCUGACCACCUACAUCUGCAAGCCCCCUGAGGACCGCCCUUGGGACGUGCUCGGAUGGAAGGGAAUCAUCGACGAGGACUACCCUUCCGAGAUCUGGAACGGAUGGAAGCGGGUCCAGUGCCAGGAGCUGAACAACAGCCGCCUUGCCAUGGUGGCCAUCACCGGACUCGUCGCCCAGGACGUUGUCACCGGCGACUACGUCGCAGGUGUCGGCAAGCUCUGCGGCGGUGCGGCCGUCUGCAACCAGCCCAUUGACUACUCUCCUUGGCAGAACCUCCCUCCCAUCGACGACUUCGUGGCCAACGCACCCUCUUGGGCCAACGGCCCGGCCCUCUACGGCGUCAACUAA